AUGGGGUUAUACCGCGACUCUAAUGCUAUCUCUUGGGAAAUGGCCAUUGUCUAUGCUGACAAGGACUGGCACGCUAGGCGUGCGGUUUGGGAGGAUAUUACCCAACACCACUCGGUUGACUCUCCCCUUGUGGUGGGGGGCGACUUUAACUGUAUCUUAUCUCAGGCGGAGAAAAAGGGCGAGCGCCCAUUUAGCUACACUGCCGCUGCUGGUGAGAUGGGGGAAUUUAUGCACACCAAUGGCCUGGAUGCUAGGAGCAGGAUUUCUUCCCGGCUCGAUAGAUUUCUGAUCAGCUCGUCGAUUUUGGAUGUGUUCCAGGAGCUGCGGGUUACUCACCUGACGAGGCUUGCCUCAGAUCAUUGCCCCAUCCUGUGCUCAACAGCGGAGCAGCAACGAAGGGUUCCUUCUUUCUGGAUAAAAUUCGAGGAUGCGUGGAUUGGGUUUCCUAAGGCGUGGCAAUUAGUGGCGGACAAAUGGAAGGUCCAAGAUACCGGUUCGGAGGCCUGUAAGCUGCAAAGGAAAUGUAAUAGGUCACUGAAGGCACUCUACUUCUGGAGUAAGAACAAGCUUAAGACGCUCAUCCAACUCAAGGAUGAUUUAGACAAGGAAAUCAAGGAUCUGCAGGAGGUGGCGUGCUCUCCUGCGGGACUUUCGGAGGUUCAAUAUGAGGCAUUGAGGUAUAAAGUCCAAUUGUUGAACUCUACCCUUGGCCGUCUUGCUGUGUGGUGGAGACAGCGUGCGAAGGUGAAAUGGAUUGAAGAAGGAGAUGACAACACUCGCUUCUUCCACUCGAUGGCCUCGGCUCGACGGAGGUCUAACUUGAUCAAUCAGAUCAAGGACCCGGAUGGUAACACUGUGUCUGAACAGGCUGAUGUUAUGGGGGUUAUCCACAGAUUUUUUGAGCAAAAAUGGUGUAGUGUUCCUGUUUCGGAGAUUGGGUGGCCAUGCUUUGACUCUCAUAUGGCUAUUUUGGCGGACGCUGCAGAAAGGAUUGUCAGGGAUGUCACGACAGAGGAGGUUUGGGCGGUUGUUCGGGAGCUUGGACCGAACCGUGCACCGGGCAGGGAUGGGGUGACGGCUUCCUUCAUCAAAGCAUACUGGAGUAUUGUUGGGGACCAAGUCACGGCGGCGUGCUUGGAAUUCUUCUCGACGGGUAUUAUGGACCCCGGGUGGAAGGAUACGGUGGUGGUUCUGCUGCCGAAAAUUGACCACCCGACUCGGCCGUCCAAUUUCCGGCCUAUAAGGCUUGCUUCCAAGCCUCAUUUCGGAGGAACAGGCUGCGUUCGUUCCUGGACAUUCCAUUUCUGA